AUGACGGAGAGCCACAUGGGAGGGCAGGGCAAUAAAAGGCGGGUGGCCAGCAGGCUGCACACCAGGCCAGGCCAGAGGAGGAGCUGUGUUCUGUCCACGCUGCACGGAGAGUCGGAGCCGCUGAGUGAGCUGCAGCCUGGGUUUGUGGAGAGGAUGCUGGGCUUCCCGGUCCUGUGGCUGAUCUCAGCCGCCUGCGCUCUGGCCUUGGCCUCUACAGAGCAGCCAGAUAUCCACAGCUUGCAGCCUCAGCUGGACUGUGGGGCCAGGGACAUCAAGGUGUUGCUGGACCGGUGUCAGCUGGAAGGCCUGGGUUUUGGGGAUGAGGUCACUGCCUACCUGCUAGACCACAACUGCAGCAGCAUCACCCACAGAGAAGAGGGGAACUGGGUCUCCGUGGUCAGCCCUGCCCAGGCCAACGCCUGCGGGAACAUCCUGGAGAGAAAUGAAACCCAUGCCAUCUACAAAAACACCCUCUCCUUGGUCGAUGAGCUAAUCAUCAGAGACACCAAACUCAACAUCAACUUCCAAUGCGCCUACCCGCUGGACAUGAGAGUCAGUCUGCAGACGGCCCUGCAGCCCAUCGUAAGCUCCGUGAACAUCAGCCUGGCUGGCGAGGGAGAGUUUACCAUCAUGAUGGCCCUCUUCCAAGACCCGAACUACACGCUGCCUUACGAGGGGGCGUCGGCCGCGCUGCCCGUGGAGUCCAUGCUGUACGUGGGCGCCCUCCUGGAGAGAGGGGACACCGCCCAGUUCAAGCUGCUGCUGAGGCACUGCUAUGCCACCCCCACUGCGGACAGGGCUGACCCCGUGAAGUAUUUCAUCAUCAGAAACAGCUGCCCGAAUCAGCUGGACUCCACCAUCUCCGUGGAGGAGAACGGGGUGUCCGCCCAAGGCCGCUUCUCGGUCCAGAUGUUCAUGUUCGCGGGGAACUACGACCAAGUCUUCCUGCACUGCGAGGUGCGCCUGUGCCACUCCCUGCGUGAGCAGUGCCAGCCGUUUUGCUCAAGAAGCCAACUCCGUAGUGAAGCAGUGGCCAUCGACCCAGCCCUGGUUCUAGAUUUGGGACCCAUCACUCGGAAGGGUGCCCCCUCUCUUGGUGUCAUGAACGGAACCCCUGGCCCUGCAGGGCUCCUGGGGGCUGGGCCUGGGCUGCUCCUGCCCGUCUUCCUGGCCCAGCUCUUCUGAGCUCCGGGCACUGGGCCGUCCGGCGACGCCUCUGGUCAGCCUCCGGCUCCUCGGACCUCCCGAUUCAGACGUCCAGUGUCAGCGGACUGCAGGCUGGGCCGGUGGGCCAAGGAUGGGCGUCCCCUGGUCUGGCUCCCGGGCCCUUGUACCCCUUUCUCAUGGUGCAGGCUGUCAGCCGCCUGUGCUGGCUUUCUCACCCUUGAUAGUUUCUUGAAAACAAACCUGCUAGGCCUCUGUGGCUCUAGCCUUUCCCCGCA